AUGGAGCGCCCUCAUGUGGGCUGCCUAUAAGGGUCGUGUGGAGGUGGCCCAGCUGCUGCUGGAGAAAGGAGCUAGCCCCAACAUCACUGGCCAGUACAGUGUGUUCCCUGUCAUCUGGGCAGCCGGACGAGGCCAUGCUGAGAUCGUCCAUCUCCUCAUUAAGCAUGGCGCUAAAGUCAACUGCUCUGACAAGUAUGGCACUACCCCGUUGAUCUGGGCAGCCAGGAAGGGCCACUUUGACAGUGUGAUGCACCUGCUGGUCAAUGGGGCUGAUGUGGACCAGGAGGGAGCGAAUUCCAUGACAGCUCUAAUCGUGGCGGUGCGGGGUGGUUUCAAUGAGGUGGUGAAGGAGCUUCUGAAGAGGAACCCCAAUGUCAACAUGACAGACAAGGACGGCAACACAGCCCUGAUGAUCGCUGCCAAGGAGGGCUAUACUGAGAUAGUACAGGACCUGCUGGAUGCUGGCACCUACGUCAACAUACCAGACAGGAGUGGGGAGACGGUGCUGAUUGGAGCAGUGCGAGGAGGACAUGUGGAGAUCGUCAGAGCCCUUCUGAACAAAUAUGCCGACAUUGACGUUAGGGGACAGGACAGUAAGACUGCUCUCUACUGGGCGGUAGAGAAAGGGAACUGCACCAUGGUGAGAGACAUCCUUCAGUGCAACCCGGACACUGAGAGCUGCACCAAGGAUUCAGAGACCCCUCUGAUCAAAGCCACCAAGAUGAGGAACAUUGAGAUAGUAGAGCUGCUCCUGUACAGAGGGGCCAAGGUGGCUGCUGUGGACAAGAAAGGAGACACAGCCCUUCACAUUGCCAUCAGAGGGCGGAGCCGCAAGCUGGCUGAGCUCCUCCUGAGGAACCCUAAAGAUGGCCGCCUGCUCUACCGCCCCAACAAGGCCGGCGAGACGCCUUACAACAUUGACUGCACCCACCAGAAAAGCAUCCUCACCCAGAUAUUUGGAGCCAAGCACCUGUCUCCUUCUGAGUCUGACGGUGACAUGCUGGGGUAUGAUCUGUACAGCAGUGCCCUAGCAGACAUCCUCAGUGAGCCCACCAUGCAGCCUCCUAUCUGUGUGGGCCUGUACGCCCAGUGGGGCAGCGGCAAGUCCUUCCUGCUCAAGAAACUGGAGG